AACGAACGAUCGAUCCAUUGACAUGCUGCCUCUGCGGUUUGCUCGCCAGAUUCGUCGCGUUGGCUUCAGCCACACGCCGCUGCGUCGGCUCAGCUACGGGGCGGCCCCGCACUCUGGCAACCAGGACAACUCGAGCUUCUUCACUCUGCUGACGCUGGCGGGUGUCGUCGGUGGUGUGGCGUACGUGUACUACGACCCGGAUGUGCUACCCGAGAGCGUGAAGAAGUGGCUGCCGAUCCAGGAGCCGGAGGGCCGCGGCAUGAGUCUGGAGGAGUACGAGCAGUGGCGCGCCAAGCAGGCUGGAUACCCGACGGUCGUCACGCAGAAGAAGGAGGAGGAAGAGACGCAGUCUGCCCACUCGAAGGAGGAGGAAGAUGUUGAACCGCCCAGCAUGGAGGAUGACAUUCCUAUCCCCCACGGAGACGUGUCGCCUACGGAAAUGAAGGCAUCACUGGAGAAGCUCCUGGCGGAGGCGCGUGAGAACGAGGCCGCUUUCAUUGCUGACAUCAAGUCGAACCGUGUCCCGGUGUCCGACGAAGAUCGCCAGAUGGCAAGUUCGUUCAAGGACGAGAAGGCACGACUAAAGAAACAGCUUAAGUUCCUGAAGUCCAGCAAGUAA